UUUUUAUAUUAUUUCAUUUUUUACAUUUGUUAGUUGGAGAAUACAAUCAUUACAAUGGAUAUAUCGGCAUAAAGAUAUUAAUGAAUUGACAUUAACGAGUAUUGGUUAUCUAUGGUUAGUAUUCUUAGGCUGGCAAGUUGCUUUAGGAUCAAUAUUAUUAGGUGGAUUUCUAGUAGCUAUUAUAGUUACCGCUACACAUCAGUCAGAAGACAUGCUUGAUACUCUGUCAGAUAUGUCUAAAUAUAGUUUUGUAGAAUCACAGUUUGCUACUACUCGCGAUGUUCAUACGAAAAGUAUUUUAAUGAAUUAUUUAUGGGGUGGUAUGCAAUAUCAGUUAGAACAUCAUUUAUUUCCAACAAUGCCUAAAUACCGUUAUAAAGCACUAGUACCAAUUAUUAAACAAUUUGCAUUAGAGAAUGGAAUUGAAUAUCGUGUGGAUGGUGUAUGGAAACUGUGGCAAAAAAACUUUAAAACAUUGAAACAUUUUGCAGGUUCAAGUCCAAUAGAAGAACAGUAG